GCAGCAGCUUCAGCAGCAGCAGCUUCAGCAGCAGAAGGAGAGGCAGAGUUGUGGACAGCGUGGACCAGAUAAGCGCAUCUUCAGGAGACUGUGCUCCACUCCAGCGGGAAGAUGGGGAGAUGGCAGCUGCAGGUGAUCACAUGUAAGGAUCAAGAAAUCCGACCCAGCCUGCUUUUAUGACACAAACCUUGCUUUGUGCAUCAUUAGGAGCUAAUUAAGGACAAAAGACUUCCUUCUCUGACGCCCAGAAAACAUGGAUGUGUCAUCAUCCUCGCUCCAGUACGGAUCCAAAAAGCGGGUCAAGAUCCACCCAAACACCGUGACGGUGAAAUAUGCCACUCACUUCCCCCAGCCUGGUGACGAAGGCUAUGACGAUGCACCUUCCUUUGAGGACUUUAGCACCUUUGCGGAGGAAAAUUCAGGGAAAAGACUGGUGUCAGAUGCCAUGAGCGGCAGGACUUUCUUUGGAACCAUGGAGACGCAGCCCAAGCAGCCAAGUGUGCAAAAAGACAAAGGCGUCGGGGGUCAGCUGGCAAGCUUUGGGGAGGCGAAUGUAUUGGCCUCCAGGGUGACCUGGAUGGCCCUGUUUGGGGCGGCGGCGGCUCACGGUUGCGUGGCACUAAUUACUCGUCUAGCAGCAGACCGUUCCAAAGUUCCCUCUCUUGAGCUUCUCUUCAUCCGCUCUGUGAUACAAGUGCUGUCCAUCCUGGUGGUCUUCUAUUACCAGGAGCCGCCCUUUGGCCCUAAGGGCUAUCGACUUCGUCUCUUCUUGUACGGCGUCUGCAACGUUAUCUCAAUCACCUGCGCCUACACAUCCUUUGCCAUAGUACCGCCCAGUAACGGCACCCUCAUGUGGCGCGCCUCCACCACAGUCUUCAGCGCAAUACUGGCGUUCCUGCUGCUGGACGAGAGGCUGGGCUACACAGAUGUGGUCACGGUGGUCGGAAGCGUGUUCGGCCUGUGCCUGGUCAUGGUGCCGAAUGUGGCGGAUGAGGAAAAGUCCAGGCUGGGGUUUUGGAAGGAGGCGUUUGGGUACACAAUGACAGUGAUGGCCGGAUUGACCGCUGCCCUCUCCAUGAUCGUUUACAGAGCCAUCAAGGAGCGCGUCAGCAUGUGGACAGCACUGUUUACCUUCGGCUGGACGGGUACAGUGUGGGGGGCCUCCACCAUGUUUAUCAUGCAGGAGCCCAUCAUUCCUCUCGACGGGGAGACCUGGGGCUAUUUAAUUGGGAUCUGUAUCUGCUCCACUGUGGCGUUCCUCGGAGUCUAUUACGCUCUGAAUAAGUUUCAUCCUGCCUUAGUUAGCACCGUGCAGCACCUAGAGAUCGUGGUUGCCAUGUUUCUGCAGCUCAUCGUGCUGAGGAUGAUCCCGUCUGUGUACGACGUCAUUGGAGGCCUCGUCAUCAUGGUCAGCGUGUUCACUCUCACGGGAGUCAAGUUAUACAGGGUGAGCAGAGCAAUCCGGCAGGAUUAUCAAGAGAUCCUCGACUCGCCUAUUAAAUGAAUCUAGAUACGUCAGUCUAUUUGUUUACAAUGUUACUUUGUUGUGCAAUUUAAAGAAUGUCUGGAUCUUGAUCUGAUGACUUUGUAUUGUGCUGUUGAAAGAGUGCCAGUUGUGUAACUAAUGUCUUAAUAUUUGUGUGUGAAAUAAAAGACAAAUGUAAUAUAGUGAGCAUAUUCCUCCGACAGUUCUGCUUUAAUGUCAAAUUGUAUUACAAGCUGAAAUUUCAGACAAAAGGGAAGAAUUAUCUAAUCUGUGUGAUGUACUCCAGCCUGGUUAGCCAUACCUAAUCACUUUGUGAAACUUCUCUCUCAUGACAUGAAUCUGGUACCCCUCCCAUUUCACCGGUACAUAAUGUGACAAAACUAAUCAUCUGAAUUAAAAUGAUGAUUCACACAGCAGCGUCAAAGAGCCAUGAUUCAAAACAAUCAUAAUGUCUGCAGAAUUACUUGGUUUGAUCAUGUAAAACUAACAGACUAGUAUCACUAGUACCACCAUCCAGCGCUCACCAAAUGCAGUUUCUUCCGUUACUGCCUUUGAAAUCCAAAUUAAAUCAAAAGGAACCAGAGUAAUUCUUUGUCUUGAGGAGGUUGACUAUUAGGAUGUCUGUCCAGGCUGGAUUUACUGUGCUUCACCAUUUGAAAUCGUAUAAACUACAUUAAAUCUGGUCUUGUGAAUCGCAGCAUAAAAUCAUAACAUGAACAUGGUGUUGUGUAAUUCUGUGUUGUCAAAUGGCCAAAUUGUGUAAAUGUCAGCCCAGAAAGCAUUUAUAUGGUAUAAAAAAAUAAAAUAAAAAGAUACAAAUGACUGCAAACCACAUUAAAUUAAAUAAAUAGUAUUUCCCUAAAUCAUAACAUUUGUUUUUCCAAAGAAAAGAAAAAGAAAAUGCCAUGGCAGAGGGGUGAUCAAAGGAUCAUAAUACGAAAGAAUUUCAUGAUUCUGUGUCAAAGUAAUGCAAACUAUAUGACAGGGCUUGGUGUGAAGUUAAAUCAAUUAUAUCCUGAAAUAUUUUGUGCACAAACAGCAGCUCGGUCCUCCUCGGCUGGUGGGUAUUUGGUACUGAUGAUCACUUCCCAGGACGUGGCUUCUGUUUACUUUCAAAUGCAUGCCGUACUGAUGCCCAGAGGCAGGUGCACUGUAUUGAAUUAAA